AGCAGCGUCAGGUAUCUGACGGAGUGAUUGCCGGAGUCGGUUAACCAGGCAAGAUGAGGUGCGUGACACUUUAAAGAUCACCUCAGUGACUUUCUCUUCUCUUUCACUUUUUGGAUGUGCUGUUACAAGUCAAGUGCUGUAUGAGACCCGGCAAAUGAUGCCCAUGCGAGACAGGUUGCCACAUACAGCUUGCUCGGGAAUCUUCGCUUUUCUUUUUUCUGUUCCAUGCUCAUUUGGGGAAACCUCUCGAUCAUAGAUGUCCACAAGUCUCAAAGCGAGCCCCGAUCUCGAGACGCUCACGAAUCUUUUCGGAGAUGAAGAGGAGAUCGACGUGGAGAGUCUGGAUGGCAUUCUGCCUAGCGGGGAGGGCGAAGGUGAGGGUGAUGGUUCAGCCUCAGAGGACAGUGUCAAGCCCGAACCCGAGCAGCGUAGACUGGGCCGCAGCCCAAAGUGUGCUCGCUGCCGGAACCACGGAGUGGUGUCCUGUCUCAAAGGACACAAGAGGUUCUGCCGCUGGCGGGACUGUCAGUGUGCCAACUGCUUGCUGGUGGUGGAGAGGCAGCGUGUGAUGGCUGCUCAGGUGGCCCUCAGGAGACAACAGGCAACUGAGGUGAAGAAAGAUGCGAGUGGGUCCACCGCCCAGAGGAGAGUCCAGUGUCCACGAUAUCCACGCUCCCCCAGCCUGCUAGCAAAGAGGAUCCUGGAAGGGUAUAAGCCUCCCCUCAGAGAGGACCCCUACUGGACUACUCCAUUUCCUGCACUCAGUGAAAGGAUGAGGAAGAGACGAGCAUUUGCAGACAAAGAGCUCAAUGAUGUCAUGUUGGAAAGAGAAUUCAGACAGAAGGAAAUGGCGGCUCUGAAAGUGCUCAGUCCCAUCUUUUCUAGGGUGAACACUCCUCACUACAGUCAUCCAGAAGAGCAAGCCCAGUUUCAUCAAGCACUUUGUUUUCCUUUACCAAAAUCAAACAUGGAAAGUGGUCUCUGCUGGUAUCACUUUGGGGAAGUGACACCGACGAAUUCGGUCGAAUGUGGCUACGAACAAAUGCAGUGGAGACCAAUGGAAGCACUUCAGAUCAGACUGUGGGAAGAACUUGAGGGCCGUGAGGAAAAAGUCAGAUGCCCUGAACUGCAUCUUACUGGACAUGAAGAUGCCUACAACCCACUUCUUUACACAACACGGGACCUUUCAUGUGCACCGUCGGCCACUAAUGCCAAAGACACCCACCUGAACUCGUCUGUGACCCUGGGCUGCCUCUGUCCUCCUGAAAGUGGCACCAUGUGCCUGAACAUGGAAACAAAGAGCAGAGACCCAUCCAGGAAUGACAGUGCAGGCAUCAGAAGCUUGCCCUUUUCUGUUGAAUCUUUGCUGAGAAGUUAACGAGGGACACACACAUACUACAAAGAUAAGCAGCUUAGUCUUUAUUUUAUAUAGGGCCUUUCUAAAAUAAUCGACAUCAAAGAGAGACUUACAAAGUAAACAGGAAGACAACACAAAGAAAUAUAAAGAUAGAAUAAAACAAUUCAAUAUUUCUGUUUUUUUAUAUAGCACCUUUCACCAUGUAGUGGUUCUUGGCAAUGUAUCAAUCAAUAAUUAACCAAAAAAACAGGUUUUUCAGAAGAACAAUAUUUAAAGAACAAAAAUGUAAUAUAUACUUGCACCUAAUUAAAAAAAAAAUAACAAAUAUAUAAAGGGG